CGUGAAGAAUUUCUCCCGAUGUAGCCGAGACGUGUUAUCCACGAAACCGUCGACAGCACGAUCUCGCCGCAGUAGUUUCUCGCAGUAAUCUCCUGAUCAGCGUCGGCAGUAAACAUGGCGGCAAUGGCCGAGGCGAAGCUGGACAUGUACGAUGAUGCUGCUUACACUGUUGAUCCUCAGCAUGUUGAGGGUGAGAUGACAGUAGAUUCUAAACAGAGAUCAAACUUAGGAGAACCAGAAUUUAAUACGCUAGACGAGCCCAUCAGAGAUACGAUUUUGAGGGACGUUCGUGCAGUGGGCAAGAAAUUUUUCCAUGUUUUAUAUCCUAAAGAAAAGAAAAGUCUGCUGAAGGAAUGGGAUCUAUGGGGACCAUUAGUAUUAUGCACAUUCAUGGCAAUGAUAUUACAAGGUUCCUCUGUCACAGCCGACAAUUCAAACGAUGGAGGGCCUGAAUUUGCAGAAGUAUUUGUUAUUGUGUGGAUUGGUUCUAUGGUUGUUACAUUGAAUUCAAAACUAUUGGGUGGAAAUAUAUCUUUCUUCCAAAGUGUUUGUGUCUUAGGAUAUUGCCUAUUACCGACUGCCAUUGCUCUAAUUAUAUGCACAGUUAUACUGAUAGUACAACAAACCACACUCCUAUUUAUUCUGAGGUUUGUGAUCACUGUAAUUGGAUUUUUGUGGGCAACAUAUGCAUCAAUGGCAUUCCUUGGUGACAGUCAACCUGUAGGAAGGAAAGCUUUAGCAGUAUAUCCAAUUUUUCUAUUUUAUCUUAUAAUAUCGUGGCUAGUUAUAUCCCAUACUGUAUAAGGUGCGUUACAAUACUUUUUCUGUCAGAAGACUGUACACAGCUCUGGGCUUCCAGAGGACAAAACUAAGCAAAUUGGGCUAUGCAAGUAUUUCAUAGACAUUUCCCAAAUUUCAUAUUUGGACAUAUAUUCCAAUAUCGUGUUUUUUUGUGAGUAAUACACGUAACUAUAGUCGCCAAGUAUUAUCUUUUUAGAAUAUCAUUGGAUAAUGUCAAUUACAAGAUCUGUAAUUAAAUAUAAUCAUAGAAACUUCUGACACUACACGAUCGAGCUAAAUUUAUUGAUGGUACAAAAAUAUCGUAUCUUCUCAUUGAAUGAGAAAAGCCAUCAAUUGAUAUAUAUAUAUUUAUACAAACUUGAUAAGAAAAGACAGUGCUAGAUAUAAUAACGGACAAUUUUAUCAUUAAUUCUCUAAGUUAUUGCAUUUAAGUAUUGAUUCUUAUACUUUUACGUAAAUUUUAACGAUUCUUUCAUAUCAGAUUCGGAUUUUGAUUGCUAUUUUUCAAUUUCAGACAUUUAUAAACAAUGUAGAAAUUGAUUUCUGCCGCUUUGUACAUGUACAUUAUGUAUAUAGAAUUACAUUUAAAUAUUAUACAUUAAACAAAAUAAUACAAUAUAA